AUGACUGGCCAAGGCUCCUCUUCACGCUCACGGACCGACUCGAGUUCAUCCCGUUCGCCACAUUCAAAUGGAAAGACGAUUAUCGAGGAUCAACAGCAAAGCAAGAUUGUCUCUGCCCCUCUUCCGGCUGAACUGCAUCCCGCAUCCUCCCAACUUGCCCGUCGAGAGGUAGAUGCGGAUAAGGAUCUCGAAAAAGUCCCGCAAGCCGACGGCUGGAUGCUAAAAUCAGAAGCUUCAUGCGAUGCCAUCUGGGUCGACUUCCCCCCCGGAGAUGGGGAAAACCCGUUGAACUUCUCGAAAAGGCGCAAGUGGUGUAUCACCAUGCUCGGUGUCCUGUUUACCGCUGAAGUAGCUGCAACCGCUUCUGCCUACGUACCUGGCAUCCCCUCCAUGGAACGAGAUCUCAAUAUCACCAACCAUGAACUUUCCCUUCUCGGCAUUGCAGUUUACCCACUCGGAUUCUCUCUACCGCCGUUAGUGCUGGCUCCGUUAUCGGAGGUGUUGGGUAGGAAUCCGAUGUAUUUGGUCUGCCAUCUGUGCUAUAGCCUCUUAUUCGUCGGCUUAGGGCUUGCCAAGAAUACAUCGACAAUGAUUGUAUUGAGAUUCUUGCAAGGAGCGUUUGGUAGUACGGGUAGUACAAUGGUUGGUGGCAGUAUCAGUGAUAUUUGGGUUAGUAGUGAAAGAGGCCAACCAAUGGCCUUGUUUGCCACUGGUGCCAUCUUCGGCACUGGCAUCGGCCCCGUUUGGGCAGGAUGGGUGGAAGAAAACACAAGCUUGGGUUGGAGGUGGAUUGAGUACAUCCAGGCUAUCUACACUGCAUUCAUUCUUAUCCUUCUUCUGCUCUUCCUUGGCGAAACACGUGGGAGCAUCAUCCUCAGCCGUCGAGCAGCGAAACUGCGCAAAAGCACAGGAGAUCAACGAUACAAAGCAAGGGCAGAACUAGAAAGAGCAUCGCUCAGCCUCCUAAUCAAAAACUCGCUCAGCCGACCACUGAUCUUCUUGGUCAAGGAACCCAUCGUAACCUUCUUCUCUCUCUGGAUCGCCUUCACGUGGGGGUUCAUGUACAUGCUUCUUUCUUCCAUCGCUCUCAUUACCGCCCAACAUUCUUUCACCCCCGGAGAGACUGGCUUGGUCUUCAUCUCCAUAGCUGCAGCUGGUAUUCUGGGUAACUUGAUCAACCCGAUCCAAGAACGUCUCUACGCUAAACAUUACCCUACAAAGGGCCCCGAAGCACGCUUAUACCUUGCUUGCGCAGGUGCGAUUUUUUUCCCCAUAGGAUGCUUUAUCUACGCCUGGACCUCUUUCCCGCAUACCAACAUCGCUGGACCCGUUGUUGGCGUUACCACUCUGAUGGUAUCCAUAUACCACAUUUACCUCAGCGUCUUCAAUUACUUGGCCGAUUCCUAUCUUUGCUAUGCUAGCUCGGCCUUGGCGGCGCAGAGCUUUGCGAGGAACAUUUUUGCCUUUAUCUUCCCCUUGUUCGUGCAAUAUAUGUAUAAAGGUAUGGGAUAUCAGUGGGCGAGUACGUUAAGUGGCUUGUUGGGAGCAGUGUUGGGCGUUGUGCCCUUCGUGCUGUUCUUCUAUGGAGAGAGGAUUAGGGCAAAGAGUAAGAUCAGUUUGGCUUUGCAGAAGCAGUUCGAAGAACAGCAGGAGAGGGACAAGGGCCGGCCCUAG